UUCGGAAUCGCCGUCACCAGCACGGGCACUAAGCCCGUCGAUUCUUUUUCUGUGGUAGGUGAAGGAAGUCGUGCGCCGAUCGAGUCGGAGACGAAGAGGAAGGGCAGUGGGGUGGGUGUAGAAUAGAGUAGAGAUGGGUUCUCGUCCCCCUCCUCGGAAGUGCGAGGUCUGCCGCGUAGCGCAAUCCAAGUACAAGUGCCCUAAUUGCCUUGUCCCCUAUUGUUCCUUGGCAUGCUUCAAGAAACAUAAAGAAAAUCCAUGCAAAAAGCCAUUGCCUUCAGUGGAAGAAACACCAAACUUGAUGCUUCCUGAACGAUCAUAUGAGGUCAAUGAUCCAAGUUGGGUUGUUGAUAAAGAACGAUUACAGUUGAUAGCAAACUCAAGUGAAAUACGAGAGGCCUUACGGAAUGGAGACCUAAGGAGGAUAAUUCAGAAAAUCGAUGGCAGUGAUGACCCAGAAGAUCAACUGACCAAUGCCAUGGAAGAGCACAUUUUUCAUGAUUUUACCGAAAAGAUCCUCUCCAUUAUAAGUCCACAAGAGUGACGCCGCAUUCAGAACCGAGGCAUGAUGAUCCUAAUUUUGCUGACAGAGUCACUCCCUAUCUACAAGAAAAGGCAAAAUCUUACAUCCAGUUUCGGCUGGCUUCCAAAUGCAACAACAGGCAGCCUAUCAGGGAAUAAAUUGCAGCCACAGUUUCUUCAUCCUCGACGAGGGGGCAUGCGAAUGCCACCAUCACCACGCGUGUGGCUGUGCCGGUUCAUUCGUUCGAAGACCGAUGCGUGUUGCACGUGCAUGGAGAACGUGUCUUUCGUGGGGACAGCUGCUGUUGCUGACAGCCGGCGUUGCCAUCUGUGCCAUCUUGCACAGUAUCGCCAUGUCGAUCACGUGGAUCAUGGACCAUCCAUGAUUAUAUAGUGAUACACACAGGUCCCCAGCAGCUUCCUCGACCUAGGAAUCAAUUAAUCUUGUCACAAGCUCCAUGGAAUCUUUUCGUCUUCUCCGUCCCGCGCGAUGCCAUGUUACGCACGCAUGCACGAGUGGGGGUUGGAACACUGCAAGCACAAGACAAAACAAGGAGGUGAAUGGAGCAGUAAGCAACUCUCUUCGUGGUGGUGAAUGGACGUUAUGUCACAUGGCCAGCGUCGAUUACAGCAUCUAAAGCUUUAUUUACAUCCAAUACCCGCAUUUAAUUACAUAUAUUUCUCCAAUCAUCCUGCUAAAUGUUCAGUUUUGUAUGCGUGUGCAGCAUGUGAUAUACAUACACACACAUAUAUAUACCGCUCAAGAUCACAUGUAAUUUA